AUAAAGGCCAUUGACUCGGUCUUUUUCACACAAUAAGAUUGUUUAAGAUUGUUUUCUAACAGAGUCGGCUUUCCCCGUGGAUAUAAAUGAGCCAGGUCGCCGAAUCUUUUGGACCAAGGCAACGAACGUCAUCAUCGUCGUCAUCAUCCCCCCUUGAUAAAGAUAGAGAGCUUUUUGAUUAGCCAAAGAAAUCGAAUAAAAGUACACAAAAUGAGUUUCUCACGUCUCCUCGGCAAGCUACGAAAGAUGGUGAAGAGGUCGUCUUCGCCGAGGCAUAACAAAGGUCAGAGUCUCUCGAUCUCUAAGCUGCCAAACCAAGAGCCCCCGCUAGGCGAACAGGGACAAGAUCGGUGGGAGAAUCCCCGGAAACUUCACCACGAGGAUAGGGCGAAGCAGAAACAAACCGAGAAGUCGAAGUGUUGCAGGUACCGCAGCAGGAUCCCGCAACCAAAUAAGAAGCCUUCUUCGCCAACGGUUAGUAAAUCCCAGGAGGCGGGCAAGAGUUGCAGAGUCUGGGCUGGAAAACCCGAUUCUGACCCAGUCAAGUCUCGGAAGCAAUGCUGGUGGAAACUGACAGAGCAAGAACUCCGUGACGAGUACGAGCGCUGCCGCGCCAAGGCCCCGCGAGUCCACCCUAACUUCCUGUCACAUGGACGUGAUAGUCUAGACGAGGCGUCGAUUCUCUCCGCCAGGGGGCUUAAGCAGUCCCCUGACACACAUUCACAAAGCUCUUCACCAACGAAAGAGCGUCGUGGUCGUACGUGUCCUUGCUGCUUCCAGGCACUGCCUGAGACGCCGUCAGUAGCUGCCCCAGGACGCCCGAGCGGAGAUUCGCAGAGAAGUCAGGGCCGGAGUCAGGAUACUCCUAGACCGUCUAAAAUCCCCGUGGCUGUGCACAGAAAGAGCAAUCCCUCAGCUAAGUCCAGCCCCAGGUCUCCCAGCUUCGAGAAGCCCAAUCUAGAAGCGAAACCCCCCGUGGCUAACAGCGUCGAGGACAAACCGUACUACAGCGAGCUGGCAAAACAGCUGCCUGCUAGAUGUGUGAGCUGUGAGUCUAUGAGAAACUAUAUCACGGAGGAAGAGAAGCGGGAUGUUCAGGCUUGGUGGAGGGGAUUCCUCUCAUCUUCCAUCCCCAACCUCAACCUCGACCUCGACACACAGGCGUCUCACGAGGCCGAGGCCCCCAGGGAUGUGCACUCUCCUACCACUCAAGAGCCACCGCGAGAACCACGUAAAUGGGAACAACCGCGAGGCCCCACUCCCUGGCCUAGACGCCCUAUCAUGCCUGUCUUAGAACCCCUCCCCAUCGUCUGACGUAUAAGGUUUUUGUGUUGAAUAAGCGGCUCAAUGUUUUGGAAUAUUCACAUUGUUUUUGAUUCUCCUUUGUCAAUAUAGUUUGGUAUUUAGUGAGAAGAAGGGUAAAAAGAAGAAGAACAAAUGACAAGUUAGUUAGUUUAUGUUUUUACCAUGUUUAAUUGAAAUAUGUUGAUCAAUGACCUAAUCAUGCCACGUACCUGAAAACAAGUGCGUGUCUCUUUGUAACAUGGAAUACGAAAUUGCAUUAAUGGUGAACCAAAUUUAUUUGUUUGUGUAAUAUACACCGACGCCAUGCAAAGUGAACUUGAAGUCACAAAACUGAAAGCAUU